AUGGAGGACACGACCAUGCUCGAGAGCCCGCCAGGCCUCUUCGAUGAGCUCGGCUUUACCAUAUGUCCCAAUGGUCUGUCGGAAGACAGCAUACACGAGAUUGAAGAUGCCAUUACCAGCGCACAUGGAACGAUAGUACCCUUUGAUGCCCCCAAGGGCCGCAUAGAAAACCUCAAAGAUAUCAACUACAUCGUGUCAGAGACGGCCGACUUCCCAGACUACCACCGCGCUCUCGAUCUCAUGAUACACGUUGUGAAGCCAACAUGGGUGCACGCGUCUCUCCAAAGCAUGAAGACCAAGAACCCACGAGCAUAUAGCCCAGAUCCGGCGCUCUUCAUGAGCGAUGUCGUCAUAUGUUGUGGAGAAAUACCAAACGGAGAUAAGGAGGCAAUUGAAGGUGGCGUACUGGCCCUCGGUGGGCAGAUUGCACCAAGCCUUUCGAAACAGGUAACGCAUCUUAUUGCGCUCGAUGUGAGUGAGCCGCGGUGUCAGCUCGCCAUUAGCAAGCGUCUCCAGCUUGUGAUUGUGCUACCCCACUGGUUCGAUGACUGCCUCAAAGUUGGUCGCAGGAUAUCAGAACGCCCCUACACGCUACCAAAUCCCGAGAUCCUCGCCGAUGCCGAACCAGGCGCAAUCCCCCCCACACGAACAAGCCAGCAGAUUCGAGACGCGACCACACCAGAACCACAAAACGAGCCUGUGCCAUUGCCGCCCCACCUGGAACCACCACGCGCAAUCAAGGCUUUCGAAGGAAAAAGUGUCAAGCUUGGAGAAGACUUAAACAUCAGCACCAAGCUAAGGGGUGUCAUAACCGGUAUGAUCCAGGCCGGCGGCGGCAGUGUGACGUCCAAAAUCGAUGAGGCGGACAUGUACGUUUGCAACUAUCGGGAAGGCACCGAUUAUGUCAAGGCUUCGCAAGCGCAGAAGGAUGUAGGCAACCUAGGUUGGCUGUAUUACCUUAUCACUCACGGCAUCUGGACAAACCCCAUGCAGCGAAUGCUGCACUAUCCACGGCCACGUGAAGGCAUCCCGGGGUUCGACAGUUACAAGAUCAGUAUCUCGAGCUACACAGGCGAAGCACGGGUUUAUCUGGAGAACUUGAUCAAGGCCACAGGUGCAGAGUUCACAAAGACGUUCAAACAGGACAACACCCAUCUCAUCGCCGCACAUAAAAACAGCGAAAAGUGCGAAGCUGCAGCCGAAUGGGGUGUGAAUAUUGUCAACCAUCUCUGGCUUGAAGACAGCUAUGCCAAAUGCAGGGAAAUGCCACUAACAGAGAAUCGCUACACGUACUUCCCAGCACGUACAAACCUGGGAGAGGUCUUGGGUCAAACCGAAAUUGAUCGUGACGCUACGGAGAAAAUAUUCUUCUCGAAGCAAACGAAACCUGUUAAAGCCGUUAAGGCAGCACCUCAGAGCAAGGAUGCUUCAGCGUCAAGGGUAGUACCACGAGCAAGCGAGCCCCCGGCCCCGCGCAGCCCGCCUAUGGCUGAGAAAGCUAAACGUGCAAAGUCGGGAGGUAGUGUUCAAACGCCAGCACCUCCACGUCAAACAGAUGGAGAGAAUCAUACACCUGGUAGUCGUGGCGCCAAAGAUCGAGCGCUGUCAAAACUGCAUGAUUUUGCGCCGGAUAUCGCCCAGUUUGAGAAAGAGAUGAAGCGCAAGGGCGGAGUCAUACAUGGAGGACGUCGGCGAACAGAAGAUGAGGUGGAGGAGCGAGCGAAACAAGCAAAAGGAGGCCGUGAUUCUGUCUCAAGCAAGCGUUCGAUUGAAGAAGUUGACGAAGAUGAAGAAACAGAAGAUGAGGCUCCAGAUGUUCCAGCAAAGAACAAACGAGCAAAGAAGGAAAAAUUGACACCUAUCAAAUUCCGCAUGUUGAUCUCGAAAGACGAGCGAUGGACCAACAACGCGGAGAAAGAGUCCAAAGAUAAGGCGCGUCUGCGCGAGCUUGGCCUUUUCAUCACCGAUGACUUCAAGAAAGUAGACCUUGUCUGUGCACCCCAUCCAGUCCGGACGAAGAAGUUCAUUGCGUCGCUCGCAUGUGCGCCCACUCUGGUAUCGACAAGCUAUCUCGACUUUGCGCUCAAGAACAAUAAACUACCACCAGUCGAAAAGCAUCUCCUGCAAGCCAAAGACUUUGAAAAAGCCAACAAGUUCCGCCUGUCCGAAGCGCUCGAACGCGCCAAGCAAAACAAGCACCGCCUCCUCAAAGACUGGACUAUUUUCUGCACGGAGAAAGUGGCGGGCGGCUUUGACACGUACAAAGACAUUAUCGAAGUCAACGGCGGCAAGUGUUCGCUCUGGAAAGGCCGCCCGACUACGGUAUCAGCAUCUAAGCGCAUACGCAACACGUCAGACAAAGAAGUCAGCCAGAACCAGGUCGAAGACGAAGGUGACGUCCUCUACCUGAUUUCCGAUGCUGACAAGCGCGAAUUCAACAACUGGACAAAGUUCCGUGAGCUCGCCAAGAAACACGACAUGGUUCCGCGCAUUGUCAAGACAGAGUGGCUGCUGAGUGUGGCCAUGGCGCAGUACGUGCACUGGGACCCGCAGUGGGAGCUUGACGAGGAUGUUGUGAAUGCUGGUGCGAAGAAGUAGAUGUUGCUGUAUGGAAACAUAGUUUGUACGUUGUUUUGUUGUUAGCAUACAUGUCACGGCGUGAUGAAUGUCCCACGGUUAAAGCGAUAGGCGUUGCCGGGCCCAGGUUUCCGUGGUAAUUGUACAUUAUAGUCUUGUAUAGGGUAUUGUCUGGGCUACUUAGCU